UUACGGAGAUGGCCCUUCAUUUCUUCGAUCAAUUCAUGCCUAGGAAUAAUGAAAUUCAGAUCAAGGAUUACUACCAUCAUUUACUCCAUUUAUUCGACUCGCAUUUGAUACCAACACUAACUGAUAGUAAGGAGGAGCCCAACCUUUUGUGUCAUCCUACAAUCAAAUCCAUCCUCAACAAGUUGAAGAAUUAAUCUACUCAUCUUCCCUCCAUUUUCAAAUAAGUCUCUGUUGCCUAUUGCUAAACAGCAGAUGAUCCCUUGCGCGGCUGACCUCCAACUUGCGGGGGUCAAGUUCAAGAAGAAUGAGGAAUCGAAUAGCAUCUUGAAUGUGAAAUUUAGAGAUGGGGUGUUGGAGAUCCCGCCGUUAUUGAUAGAUGACUACAGCGAUACCCUCUUUCGGAACCUUGUAGCAUUCGAACAAUGCUACCCGGAAGCAACAAUCCGCUUCACGACUUACCUUGUGUUCAUGGAUUUCCUUGUCAAUGCAUCCAAGGAUGUGGCGCUGCUCCAUCGUAAUGAGAUCAUAGAUAAUGGGUUGGGAAGUGAUGAGGAUGUGGCCCAACUAUUCAACCGUUUCUGCACUGGGAUAUUCCAUGAUAUGGAUGAAAACUACCUUUCGGAUUUACAACAGAAUGUCCAAAAACAUUUCAAGAACAAAUGGAACAAGUGGCGGGUGAGCUUGAAGCGUGAUUAUUUCACCAAUCCAUGGUCUGUCAUUUCUUUGAUCGCGGCUUCGAUCCUCCUCUGCUCACCAUCACCCAAACGUUCUUCACUGUCUUUGCCUAUUACCGACCGCGGUCCUAGUUCCUGAUCAUCAUGUUUUAAUGGUUUAGAUGAUUUUGAUUCUUCUUAUUUGUGUUUCGUUACUUGUGUGGGAAAAACAUUAACGUAGAAUAUAAAUCUUCGUUUUCUUUAAAAUUUGGUAACUCAUCCCCACUCGUUCAGGUUCAGUUAACUGUACUGAUCGAUAUUAGGUUCAAAUUG